AUGCAUGCCACAGCCUGGGGAAGCCGGGGACUAAGGGCUCAUAACGACGAGGCCAAAGCAUCCCUGGGGCGCUGGGAGAAACAUGCCGACCUGGUUCCUCCCCCCCUCCCCUCGGCCGACCCCGGAACGCCGGCCAUCCAACUCUCCGAGGACGACAGAUUCGUCGAGCCCAAGCAUGAGCACUUCAACGAGGUCGAGCGGUCUGUCGGAUUCAACAUCCUGGCCAAGUUCGUCGACUUGGUGUCAGGUUCGGCGAGCAUCAAGGCAAGCCGACGCGACGUCCAGCGAUACGGCACUGUGGAUCACGAAAUUCGAAAGCUGAAACCAAUCCCCGAAGCGGCACUUGAAGCCAUUCUCAAGCUCCGUAUGGACUUCAGUGUGCAGUUUGUCAAACAGAAUGCGGGUGAUGGGCCGGCCGAGCCCAAUCUCGAGUAG